UCGGGAUCCAAGGGUUUUGAUUUUGGGUCGGUGAUAUUCUGACGAAAUCGAAGAAGGCUAUCAAGUGGCAAUUCAUAUCUCAAUUUGGAGACGGGAACAUUACUGUGCCGUAAUAUCAUGUGAAGUUUGGUUCAAGAAGCAAAAGCAAAUGAGAGUCGUGUAUUCUGCUUUAUGUAGGUAUCUUUGAGGUCCAGAGAACAAAAUUUUCGGAGGUGAUUUUUAUAGCCAAAAGCAUAUGAGAGG